CAAAUCGCUCAGAAAACCCUAGCUAAACCCCGGCCAUCCCCGGCGACCACGCGCGCGUCUCCGAGAUGAACAAAAUCAAGGCGCCGGCGGGGGCGGGCGCCAUGGUCAAGCUGGCGCUGGCGGGCGGCGCGCUCUGGUUCGGCGCCACCAACACGCUCUACAACGUCGAGGGAGGCCACCGGGCCAUCGUCUUCAACCGCUUCGAGGGGAUCAAGGACAAGGUCUACCCCGAGGGGACUCACCUCAUCAUCCCACUCAUCGAGAGGCCCAUCAUCUACGACGUCCGCGCACGACCCAACCUCGUCGAGAGCACUUCCGGGAGCAGGGAUCUCCAGAUGGUAACGUUUGCUUCCCCAGAUCCUGAGUAUUGCUGUGCUAAUUCGCAGUGUUUUGGUGCUAAAUCUGCAUGCCAAGUCCAUGUUUGGUUUGGGACCACAGACCCAAGCCAAGGGGUCUGCUCUCCUGCUAUUACUACCGACAUUCGAAUCAAGCGAUUAGGAAUUUGGACAGAUGGAUAUGGUCUGCUACAUGUUUAG